UGCUUCUUAACUUCUCAUUGCUGUUAAGGAGUUUUAUUCCGGAUUUCAGCAACAGUUUUGGCGACCCAGAUGGGACCUUGAGAGUGAGACUGGAUGAGAUCGAGUGUUGAUCGAACUCCAGCCGGCACCGAGGGAUUCUCGGGGAGAACCAUCCCUCUUGACUCACAAAGCUCCUCGCAAAGUUCCCUGGAAAAAGGGUAAGGCACUUCUUCUUUGAAAUUUGUUUGGAUAGCCUGCCCGUAAGACACGGCGAAAGCUUCGCAGGGUUGGGGCUCAGAGGGUACCCGUUUGCAUUGGAAGCCUAGGCGUCUGCCCGUAAGUCAUAAGCGAAAGCUAUUGCUGGGUUGGACAUUUGUGUAUUUGGGACAAUUGUCAUUUGCAUUUGUUUGGUAUUCGGUAUUUGAUAUUUGGCAUUUGAUAUUUGGUUAUUAAUAUUUGGCACUUGAUAUUUGAUAUUUGGUAUAUUUGGUAUUUGAUAUAUAAGUAUAAUGGCAUUAGCCAAAUUAUUUAAGAGUAAGAGUGUGGGAAAUAUAAACACUAAUGAAAAGAUACCGAAAACAUCACCAUUGGGAUGUUUAUUGGCACAUUGGGGUGAAUUACAUGAUGAUUUACGUAAAAGUCAGAUGAUUGAAUAUUGUAAUCAUUGGUGGCCUUUGUAUGUUUUGGAAGAUAGGGAAAAAUGGCCAACAAAUGGAACUUUAAGUUAUAAUACUAUAUUACAGUUAGUGUUAUUUUGUAGGAGAGAGGGUAAAUGGAGUGAAGUGCCAUAUGUGGAUUUGUUCUUUUAUUUGAGGCAGAGAACGGACUGGCAAAAAGAAUGCAAGUUAAUUAGUCGAGAUAAUUUGGUGAUGACAUUAACUUCAGAAAAUAAGAAAGCUAAGAGUAGUUGUUCGGCUUGUGAUAUUGGAAAGAGGUGCAUUAGAUGUACGGUACCAAAAGAGGAUGAAAUGGAACUAGAAUUAGAAAUAGCCCCACCAAGGGAGGAGCAGGAUCUCUCUCCCUCACAUGCAUGGGAAAGGAGUAUUGAAUCAGGGAGAAUAAUAGAACCGGAUAGUACUAGAAUGAGGGAAGAAGCUGAUGAGACACCAGAAGUAGUAAUUCAUACUCCAGUGUCUCAGAGAACUCAUCAGCAAUCUCAAUUGUUGGCUCCCUUGAGACAGGGAGUGGGACAGCAUGGGCCAGUAUAUGUCAAAGUGCCAUUUUCUAUUAUGGAUUUGAUGGCAUGGAAACAGGCAGCAGGGGUUUAUAGAGAAGAUCCGGAGAGAGUAGGAAGGGUUGUAGAAACAAUUAUUAGAACUCAGGAUCCCAAUUGGAAUGAUUUACAAGUAAUAUUGGAUAAUUUAUUGGAUAGUACUGAAAACCAGAUGGUAUUAAAAACCGGAAAAGCACAAGCAGAGGCAGCACUUAUGAAUGAAACGCUCUCUGGAACUUUGGAACAGAGUUUUCCUUCGGGAGAUCCCCAGUGGGAUCCGAAUGACCCUGUACACAGGAGAAGGUUAACUCGAUACCAAAAAUGGGUAUUGUAUGGAGUAAAGCAUGCAAUGCCGAAAGCUUUGAAUUGGUCUAAAUUACAUGAGAUAAAGCAAGAUAAAAAUGAAUCUCCCUCUGUGUUUUUGGAAAAAUUGAAGGAAACUGCUAGAAAAUAUACUGAUUUAAAAUUGGAAACAGAGGCAGAACAACAACAAUUGGCUUCGAUUUUUAUGGGACAGUCAGUGCCUGAUAUAAGGCGAAAACUCCAAAAAUUGGAGGGAGAGGACUCAAGAAAUUUGAAUAAAAUGUUAGAAACAGCAUGGAAAGUCUAUAAUAAUCGAGAGAAGGAAGAAGAGCAAAGAAAAGAAAAGAAAGAAAAGAUCAGAGACAGUAGAUUAAUAGCUGUCUUAACAGGGCAUGCGGCAAGAGGAAGAGGACGAACUCGAGGAAGAGGAGGUUUUAGAAACUUUGGUAACCGGGAACCUAAUGCACCUCUAGGAAUGAAUCAGUGUGCAUAUUGUAGGGAGGAUGGACAUUGGAAAAAGGAUUGCACUAAACUGCAAACAAAUCAGCAAGAGGCUGCAAAAAUGAUGACUUUAAAUGAAUGAAGGGGACCGGAGGGGAACCCAGCUGAACCUCUGGUUACAAUUAAGCUGGGAGAUGAUAAAGUUGAAUUUUUAGUUGAUAUGGGAGCAGUAUAUUCUGUUUUGAAUACUUAUAAAGGGAAAUUGGGAAAUAAAACAGCUAACAUAAUUGGAGCGACUGGGAAACAGGAAAAUAGACCAUUCUUUCAACCCCUUGAUUUAAAAUUUGGAAAUAAGGCAAUUACACAUGAAUUUUUGUAUGUGCCAGAAUGUCCGAUACCCUUGUUGGGUUGAGAUCUGUUAUCCAAAUUAAAUGCACAGAUAGCUUUUGAGGGAGGAGAAAUUCUUUUAAAAAUACCAGAAUCAAAGACAGGAGAAAUAUUGAUGAUACAGGAGAAGGUUAAGAUUCAGGAGAUGCCACAAGAAGUUGAUGAUGCUGUGAUCCCUACAGUUUGGAACACAGAGAUACCUGGAAAAUCUAAAAUGGCACAGCCUGUAAAGGUAGAACUGAAGGAAAAUGUGAAGCCAGUGAGAUUAAAGCAGUAUCCAAUUAAGCCUGAGGCUAGAUUGGGAAUCAAGAAAUUAAUUGAUAAAUUUUUGGAAUAUGGAAUUUUAGAGGAGUGUGAAUCUGAAUAUAAUACUCCAAUUUUACCAGUGAAAAAGCCAUCAGGAGAAUAUAGAUUAGUACAGGAUUUGAGGGCGAUAAAUCAGAUAGUAAAAGAUAUACAUCCUGUAGUGGCCAAUCCAUAUACACUUUUAACAGCUCUAGGGGAGAAUCAUCAGUGGUUUACAGUGCUUGAUUUGAAGGAUGCUUUCUUUUGUAUACCCCUGGAAGAAGGAAGUCGAAAAUUAUUUGCUUUCGAGUGGGAAAAUC